AUGGAUCUAGAUAUAGAAACAUCUAGAGAUAGUCAAAAUUUAUCAAGUCAGCAAUUAAUUAAAAGUAAAAUCAACAAAGAUGGGCACAAGAAUAUUUUAAGAAAGAAAGCCAUACAAGAGGAAACAUUGAAAAAUGUUUUAUGUGCUUUAUUUGUUGCUUCAUCUUUGCCUGAGCUUAAAGAAAAUUCUUGGCCAUUCUUACAAAAUAUUUGCCGACAUUUUGCACUUUUGGAGAUUGGUGAACUAAUUGAAUUUAAUAAAGCAAAAAAAGAAAGACUUAAUUUUGAUGUUGAUGAUAAAAGAUACAGUUUUGAGACUAAGGCAAUGUUAGAAGCUUUAAUCGAAACUAUCACAUCUGAAAAUCUUAAAUUACGUAGUUUGGCAAGUUCAGCUCUGACAACUAUUUAUGAAACUUGUUUAUUAAUUUCUGGAUCAAAACAAAUAAUUAGUUAUUGUCCUUUUUUCUUUUUCCUGGCUUCAAGAUUUUGUUCAUGCUGUUAUCAACAGGAAUGGUUUUAUAAAAGUGGUGGUUGUUUAGGCAUAUCUAUAAUUAGCUCUCAACUUGACAUGGGUACUAAAUGGAUGUUGGACCAUGAAAUUGAAUUUUAA